AGCAAAGCUAGGUGCACUGACGACUUUACAGAGACGCUAUACGUCGAAAACGGUGGUAACACGUCCGUCUCCUUCUACAUGGAUCGCUUUGUUGUGGUGCUUUGCUAUAAAAAUAAUGAUGAAAUUUACGACAGUGAUGAACCCACACGCUAUCCAAAGUAUCAGUACGAAAAGCAGACGGGCAACUAUCAUAGAUUGCAUUUCUUUAAAGUUGAUGACGAUGAUGUGAUCGACAGAUGUACUGUUCUGGGUCAAAGAUGUCACUAUGAUUUCUACUUGGAUUUAAAAUUUUAUGAGAUGAUUUUCCAAUUUUACUCCACUGACGUCAUCCCAUCUACAGACGCAAUUGACAUUGAGAAAGGGUUUGCGAUGCUGCAGUGCAUCGCCAAGACAUCUUUUAAAAUUUUAGAUUUGACUAUGACUUUGAGUGGACCCGGCAUACUUUCAACAAACAGUAUGUUACUGAACAACAAUACAAAUGAUGGAUUUUAUGAUAGCGUGUACACGGCAUUGAUACAUGUUGAUAAGAAUCGCGUCGAAUACACUAUAUCUUGUUCCAUGGUACCAAGUAAAAACGGAGACGUAACAAUUAUUCUUCCUCAUGAAUUCAGAUUGCACGUUCUUUAUGGAGCAGAAUUCACGAAUCUUGAAGAACUUGAAGACGGGUUUGCAGCAAAUGAAGGUGACGAUGUUCGCCUAGUGUGUUCGGGAACUGGUAAUCCAGACGAUGUGACGUAUAGAUGGACCAAAGUCUCUGGAGUUGAAUUAAGCAAUUACUCUUUGUUGAACAUCAGAAAUGCUUCUUGUGAAAGGGACCAAGGCUUCUACAUGUGUACAAUUUCCAAUGGCGUUGGCGAGCCUAAGUAUGCAGUCACAUAUCUUAGUGUUAAGUGUGCGUCUCUACCACCCCAGCGUCUAUUGAAUUCCGUAAAUAUUGCCAACAUUACGUGUUACAGCAUGGAUAUACAAUGGAAUUGGAAUAAAGAUAUCGUGAACAGAUCAGAGGAUAUCUUCAUCCACGUAGAAUAUAUUUCAGCUGGAAUAUGGACCAAUGGAACGUGGAAAUCUAGUGAGAGUGAUGUAAAAGGGUACAACUCGUAUCGUGUGAAUUCCCUCCAACCUGGAACAGACUACAAACUCCGAGUUUACGUUAACGGCAACAAUGGCAGAAUAUGGGAACAAAUUUUUUUCGCUACCACAAAGUGCUGUGUGAAGUGUAGCGAUUUCGAAGAAAAUACAGGCUCUCAAAGUGACAUGCACAAUGACGUCACGGUGUUCGAAAUCUGUAUCAUGAUAGGGGCAUUUCUUAUCGGUUGUUUAAUAUCUGGAGUUACAGUUCAUUGCUGUAUGAAACAUUCGAAUGAUGAAAAUAGAGUUAAAACAAAGAAAUAUAUGACUUACUUACCUAAAAAUAAAGAGGAUACAUUUUAUCAAGAAAUAAACAAAGCUCAGUACAUGAUGUCAAUCAACCCGGUGGCAGUUGAUACAAUGCCAAUCACCAAGCGAGCUCGGGAGAUACCAGCAACGGAAUCUGAAUAUCUUUCGCCUCAGGAGGAUCACAUCUAUGAAUGUGCUAGAGAAGUCAGGGGCACGCCACAUAGUUAAGAAUUUCGAAUUUUACUGCAAUUUGCUCUCUCCGAUUUAAUAAACUGAGCCUACAUUAUUCCUUCUAUGCGUGUCGAAGUGCAACAUACUGAGCUCCUCUUCCUUGAUUGGCUGAGAUAGAGCCAUGUGGCCUACAUUUAUUUCAUACGCACUUGGUGACAGUCGAAAUGUACUCCGCAAAUUAUUAUGACAUCACUCAAGACAGAUGCUUGAAAAUACAAACAACUUAAAAAACAUAAAAUUGUUCAAUUAUCAGAAAUAAUAAACUGGCAAAAUUAAUUUUUCCUUGGUUGAUGCUGAAUAGUGUACGUAUACAAUUCUAUUGUAAAAUGAUUAAUAAAUAUAAAUAUAGUGCAAGCUCAAAAUUUUGAUUAGCAUAUCUACACACAUUAGAUCACAGUAGGCAUUUAUACAGCCUGUUUUCAUACAUGUUUAUUAUAGCCCUAUUUAAAGAAUCUACGUUUUUACACGCGUUCUUCAUCGUUUAAUGAAAUUUAAUGACAGAUUGGCAAGAGUUAAUAACUCGCUGCCACUUCCCAGUAUGUGUAGUUAACUACUAGUAGGCCUACUGUAGGUACACUACUUCCUCAAAGUGUGUCUACUUGGUAUGAUAUGGUAACAACAAGCGCCCGAACCCCCCACUCCCGCCCUCUCGAUCAUUUCUGUCAGUUCAGAAGAAGAGUAGGCCUACGGCCACGGUCUGGUAGAUGUAAUCUCCUAGAGGCUGCUGGCUUACAGGCACACACGCGCUAAUAACCAUUUCAUUUAUUAUUCGUCUAGUUGUAUCUAUGCGAUUUUUUUUUCUGAGUCCCACCAAGGACUUUUGACUACAGUUAAGUCCUUGGACACACUGAAUACGGUACAGAAUGGAUGUAAACCUCAUUCUGCGGACGACUUCAAGCGCAGGCAUGUAAUUUAGUAUCUUAAUUUGUCUUAACACUUCACUUUUCUAAAUGAUAAAUAUUGAUAUUGAGGCCUACUACCCGUAUUGACAAUAGGGCCGUCACCUGUCACGUAAAAUUGAGAUGGAGGGGAGAGGGAAGGGAAGAGGAAAGGGGAGGAGAAGAGGGAAAAUGACUGGUAAGUAGGCCUGCUGCUUGGAUUUCAUUGACAGCCUCAUCAACACAUGCCUUAACUUUAACAUCUGCUUCCGCUGCAAAAUGUUAAAAUAUUUCUAAUUAAAUCCCAGUCACCUAUUGAUUAAAAAAAAAACAAAAAAAAAAUAA